AUAACUCGCAAAACUUUUUAAUGACACUUCAUAAUUCUUUAUACAAUUCCAUACAAGAAUACUGUCUAAUUUAUCUUCGAUUCAUUCCUCAAGCUAAGUAUGGUUUAAAUGUGGUGGUUUAAAAAUGAUUAAUUAAUUACAAUUAACCGAAUGGCUCACAAAUCUUUUCAAUUGCACUUCAAAACUCUUCAUACGAAAUACAAACAAUUUAAAAUAAUAAUUCUUUAAACUGACAUACUUCUCGGGUCAAGUACAUACGAAUUCCUACUGAAUCUAGAAUCCCUAGAAAUAAUAUUUCUAUAUGCGCUGCAACCGUGUAAAGCGCUCAUAAAUGCCGCCAAGAUGACAAUAUCAUAAUGAGCCCAAAGAAGAAGAUAUGUUUGAUUCCUUGAGUUAAACAUAACAGAAUAAAUUUCAAUCUUAAGUAUUUGUCCACGUGAAAAUGUCUUCUUCUAAGAAUCUGAGACGGUCUACACGACUAAAAGCUAUCGUGAAAUAUACAGAAGACAGUGAUGAUACACCUGGGAACUCUCCUAAUAUAUUGACAACUGAGGUAGAAAAGCAGCUUAAAGAUGUCAAGGAAGAUGUACAAAAACCACUUGAAUUGUUCUCUGAAAAAGAUGUUAGUGGAAAGAAACUAUAUGGAUUUCAAACACCAACAAAAAGAAAUAGCAUGGCACUUAAAGCCAGCCAGUGCCAAACGCCUGAGACUCCGAAAAGUUUAAAAACACUCCCGCUUCUGAAAAUUGUUCUUGAAAAGAUAACUUUGAAUCCAGAAAGUCAAGCAGAUGACAAGAUUACAGAUACCAAAGUGCAACAUAGCAAAAUAUCUCGGAAACAAUAUUUGCCUACUGUAAAUUCAAGUGGAGAUGAAAGUGUAUCAGAAGAUAGUGAAUAUAUGCCUUCAAGUAAUGAAACUAGUUCAGACCCUGAAACUUCUGAUAAAAGUAGUGACAGUGAAAGUUCUGAUGAAAGCAAGAAAAAUAGUGCUAUAAGAAUGAAACUAAAAAUACAGAAACCUUUAUCAAAACGUGAAGUACAAUAUACACCUAGAAAGAUAAAGAGAGAACAUAAAACUGUUGCUUAUAAGGAUUAUCAUAUAAAAACUGAUGAAUAUUUUGAAACUCAAUCAGGAAAAACAAUUACAUCUGAUCAUACGUUAGGUAAACUUCGGAAUACUCAUCUUACUAAAGAAACAGAGGAAUUAUUAAUAAAUCAAAAUCAUAUAUCUGCAACUCACAAAAAAAGUAUUUGUGCAUUAACUGAAAAUCAUAAAUCAUUCUUUCCUAUGUGGCAAUUUAUAUUGAAGGAAGGUUAUAGCUUGUUGCUUCAUGGUCUAGGUUCAAAAAGGAAUUUAAUAAAUGAUUUUCAUAACGAGAUCAUAGCUGAUCAUCCAACAUUGGUUAUAAAUGGAUUUUUUCCUAGUUUAACAUUAAAAGAUAUACUCGAUAAUAUAAUAGUGGAUUUAUUGGAAUUAAAUUGUCCAACAAAUCCUAAUGAUUGUUUAGAACUUAUUGAAACAGUUAUGAGCAAUAAUCCAGAUGAUCAGCUUUAUUUAUUAAUUCACAAUAUAGAUGGAAUAAUGUUACGUUCGAAUAAAGCUCAAAAUCUUCUUGCCAGUUUAGCAGCCGUUUCGAAUAUUCAUAUCAUAGCGUCUGUCGAUCACAUAAAUGCACCACUUCUUUGGGAUCAUAUAAAACGUGCAAAAUUUAAUUUUUAUUGGUGGGAUGCGACAACAUUGUUGCCAUAUCAAGCUGAAACUGCGUAUGAAGAUUCCUUGUCAGUUCAACAAAGCAAAGUACUCGCGUUAUCUUCCCUCCAGAAUGUCUUUCUGUCUCUCACUUCGAACGCACGAGCGAUUUAUCUAAUUCUUGUCAAAUAUCAAUUGAGCAAUAGCAGUAGUAAUUAUACAGGGAUGCCAUUUAAGGAUCUAUACCGAGCAGCGCGCGAACAAUUUUUAGUUAGUUCUGAUUUAACAUUAAGGGCACAAUUGACCGAAUUUAUUGAUCAUAAAUUAGUACGAACUAAACGCACAGUUGAUGGUGCUGAACAUUUAAUAAUACCUCUUGAUAAGACUGUCCUUACACAAUUUAUAGAGCAACACGGAUCUUAAUUUAUUUAAUGAGUU